AAGUAAAGUGGGAGAGAGAGAGAGAAGAUAAGGCAGAUGCAAGACCAGAGAAACAUCACUUUAUCUUGAGACACCGUGGGAGCAGAGUGUGGAAACCAGUUAUCAAAAUACAACAACACCAUUGCAAACCAUUGUCUUCCUCAACCACCGCUGUGUUAUUAAAGAAACAACUCCUCAUCAAAGGUUUCUUUCGGAUUUUGUUCCGUUCUCAUCCAACAACUUCGACAAUGCCUCGCUCCUUCCUCGUCAGACGUUUUGUCCGUCCUCCAGUGCAAUCUCAAACGAAAUGGGACUGUUUCUCUCCCGAUGGUGAAGAUUACCGAUCUGAAAGUCCAAGCUGUCUUCGGAUCCCAACUACACCAACCAAGGGGCAUACCGUCAGUGCCGCUCUGCCCCCGCUCUCCCGUGUCAUCAAACCCCUGCACUUCCACACAACCACCAACCCAUACGAGCCCAAUAAGAAGAAUGGCUUUCAGCAGGCGAACAACAAGAAGAAGCCGAAGGGGAGAAAGUCACGAGCCAACAGGAGUAGCUCAAUGGAUGGGAUGACCGGUGAGGGCGCAAUGACUGUUUGUCAUCAGGCAUCGCCCGUCAGCAAACCGUACAUCAGCCGUUCCGGUCGGCCCGUGGGUCGCCGGCCCUCUACGACGGACAAAGACGAUGCGUACAAACAGUUCGUCAUCAAACGCAAUGACAUCAUCGUACGCGACGACUUGAAGGCAAAAUUCACCACUGUAGUGGACACCUCUCCGUCUUCCUCAUCGAAUUUCACCAGCAGCAACCCUCCUCACCUCUUUAUCGAAACCUCGGCUCUUAAUCUUUCCAUGAAUGGCGGUCAUUCCCGACAGCCGAGUGCAUUAAACUAUGGGGGUCUGGUGGCUGCUACGGCCACCGCGACCUGUGUCGAACCCGGACAAACAUCCCCAACGGCAGCCGAUGAAGCAACCCAGCCGGACUUCGGCCGAGUCUCGCCGCCCGACAACCGGCCGCAGAUGACGGUGCUGCGGAACGUUUUCAUGACGUCUACCCCGGACACUAAAUCAGACCUGCUUGAUGAUGAGGAUGACAACAACCUGCGGCCUGAAUCGCCACAGGAGUGCUCCAGCAACGGCAGUCACGUCUGUCCAGAGUGUGGGAAGGGUUACAGCACAUCCAGCAACCUGGCCAGACACCGACAGACACAUCGUAGUGUGAACGACCAAAAGGCGAGAAAGUGCCCCCACUGUGACAAGGUGUACGUCUCCAUGCCAGCACUCAGCAUGCAUAUCAGAACGCACAAGCUUGGCUGCAAAUGCAACCUCUGUGGCAAGUGCUUCAGCCGACCGUGGCUCCUGCAGGGCCACAUCCGCACCCACACUGGCGAGAAGCCCUUCUCCUGCCCGCAGUGCGGCAAGGCCUUCGCAGACAAGUCCAACUUGAGGGCGCACAUCCAGACCCACUCCAACGUGAAACCCUACGUCUGCCAGAAAUGCAAUAAAGCCUUUGCCCUCAAGAGUUACCUAUACAAACACGUGGAGGCAGCAUGCAUAAGAGACGUUUGAAAUUUCUCAAUAGGCAUUAAUGAUACCACCAUCUUGUCCCCUGUAUCCAGUAACAGUACUAGUAUUCAGCGUACAAGUAUGAACCAGACUAAAUCUCCUUCCAGCCUCGGUUUGGUCACACUAAUUUGAAUGGGAGAAAAUCAAGAUGUCCGCACGGUGAUAAAGAUCCAUAAUAUAGACAUUGAUCACACUGAGACAAAUAUAAUGUAUAAUAACCCUGUGUGUAUAAAACGCACUGAUUGUGCAAACAUCAAUAAUACACCCGAAGUGCCAGACUAUUUUGCUUCGGCUACGUGAAUUUCUCUUUGGUGAAACUUUCUUGCUUUUUAUACCAAUGGGUGUGGUCUUUUCUUACCAAUGGGUGUGGUCUUUUCUUGAUUAAAGGGACAGUACUAGCCAAACUUCUUCCUUGUAUUCAAUCGUCCACCCUUAACAUUGUGCUGUUAUAAAGCACGAUGGGAACAAAAUGUUGGGUUUUUUUAAUUAAAAACGACAAUGUGGAUUGUCCCCUUGUUAGAAUUCAUGAAAUGAUAUCAGAAACGGGACACCAGCCAAGAUUAUAUCGUGCUUCGGCAGUCAAUAAUCUUUGGUCACCAGCCAAGUUUGUUUACGGCGGUAACUGGUUCCCAAACUCCUGCCAACGUAUUGUGGAGGUAUUGCUUUCUGCUCUACCGGCCAGGCUUCGGA